AUGUACAUUCCAAAAAAGUAUCAAGAAGAAGGGUGGGAUCAGGUUGAGUACCUUAUAAACAAGUACCCAUUAGCAACCAUCAUAACUACUACCAAUGACAAUGAGAUCAUAGCAAAUCACAUACCAUUAUAUUUAAAGGUGGAAGCAUCUGGUGAGAGAAAGUUGAUAGCGCACAUUGCCAAAGCCAACCACCAGAUACCAUCAUUAACUUCGAAUAGUAAUGUGUUGGUCAUUUUCCAAUCAACAAACUCAUACAUUACACCUAACUAUUAUCCCACCAAAGUUGAUACUCAUAAAGUUGUCCCUACAUGGGACUUCGCAAGUGCUCACAUUCACGGGUCGUCCAAAAUCAUUGAUGAUUUUCAAUUUGUCCGAGAUCAACUCAAUUACUUGACUAACCAAGAGGAAGGAAAAAAGGAUGAAGAUGCAACAAAGUGGCAAGUAGACGAAGCACCAGAGAAUUAUUUGAAGAUUAUGCAAAAAGCAAUAACAGGACUUGAAAUAAAGAUUGAUUCAUUUCAAUGCAAGUACAAAUUUGAACAAGGCGCAAAGAAACCAGACAUCUCUGGUGUAAUAAAAGGAUUGGCUGCUGAUGGUAAAGAGGAGAUCUCAAAGUUAACCAUCGAUGCGAAUGCAAGAGCAGAUGAGAGAAAAGCUGCAAAGACGUGA